GCGGGUCAGCGGAUGGCGACGCCGACGCAGGAGCCGGCUGGGGAGGAGGACGGCGGUGCGCGGCUGAGCAUUCGAGCGAGGUUGAAGAGGGAGCGAGAAGCCCGCAAAGUCAUUCAGCGGCAGCUCGACGACUACCUUGCACGACUGGACGCAGCGGAACAGCGCGCUCUUGCAGAAGAGGAGGCCGCCAGCACCUCCGCUGCCACAACCACCACCACCUCCGCAGCCGCUGCAAACACAGCAGCCGGGACUGGCACCGCAGCCGCGAGCGCAGCAGCAGCAGCAGCGUCCGAUGAGGCUUCUGGGACCAUCAGCGACAGCAGCAGCAGUAUUGGCAGCAGCAGCAGCGGAUCUGCUACCGCCGCCGCCGCUGCUGCUGCCAACGUAUUGGUUUUUUCUCAGACAGUCAGCGCUGAGGCGGCAAGCGGCAAGGCUGGCGGGUCGGGUACGGGUACGGGAACUGGCGCGAGCACGAGCGCUGCAGUAGGUACCGGGUUCAGUUAUGUGGACUGGACGCGGCUGUUCAUGCAGCAAGCCAUGCGCAAUGUGGAGCCCAUGUGGAAGAUGCUGCACCCCAAUGACACGCCCGGCAAGGGGCGGCAUGGGGGCGGUUCGGUCGGCAGCAGCGCCGGAGGCGAGGCGACGGCGGCGGAGGGGGCGAUGGAUGAAGAGCCUAUGACGGCGGUCGCGCAGCUUCUAGGACCUGCAGCCGCCAAGGCCUACUACCGGGGCCUGCGGGGUCAGGGCUACACCGGCGGAGUGGCGGGCGCAGCCCUCCCAGCACAGCAUGCAAGCGCCGGGGCAACAGCAGCAGCCACUGCUGCUGUUGGGCGGGCUGGGGAGGCUGCUCCAACGCAGUCGCCGCCGCCGCAUGCAUCGGCUGCGGCAGGACCGGUCAUGCCGGCCCGGAGCAGUGAGCAGGGCCCGGGUCCGGACUCGCCUCCGAGGGCGCAGCGGGGGACCAAGUUUGCGUUCAGUGUGGACGGUCCUGAGACGGUGCAGGAGCGAAAGCUACGAGAUGUGGCCAUGCGCGCGUCGCGUAUCACCCGCGAGCGAUCCAUCCGUACGCGGCAGACCACCUACGAUGCGGAGGAGUUGGACGAGGUGUACGGCACAACGGUUGCCACCCUGACCCAUGGGUCACCCGUGGGCGAGCUGUCUACCGUCACGCUCCACAGUGCCAUGCGGCAGGAGAGCGCGGUGGCUGGGCCCCGCGGCUGCGACCUGCUCCUCGUGGACUGGGAGGCCUACCAGCAGGGCGUGCUGGCGGCUCGCGCAGCGCUGCUGGCUCGCUCCGCCGCCUUCCUGUCCUCGCUGCCCAGGGAGCGGCUGUCGCAGCUCGCGGAGCUGUGCCUGUGCCUCUCAGUGGAGGCGGGAACGCUGCUGGCGCGGCAGGCGGCGCCGCUGGAAGCGCUGGUGGUGGUGCAGAACGGCGAGCUGCACCUGCUCCACGAGACCACCAGCGCCGCCUCCCACGUCCGCACCGCCACCCUCUCCGCGCACGCCUUCAGCCGCACUCGCAACGGUCGUACCCACACGCUGCCGCUGCUGGCCACGCUCAGUCAGACCAUGCUGCCCAGCGCCGCGCAGACGCCCCUCCAUAACACCCCGCAUACCUCGGUACGGCACAUGCACAUGCAACAGCAGCAGCGGGCGCGCACGCCGGGCACCCCGCCGCUGCUGCCCGUGUCGCCGCCGGCGGGGCCGCCGCCGCCGCCGGUUGGCGGACUCGGCGGGAGCGGAAAUGGUGCCCUGGUGGAGGUAUCACUCCAGGGGCUGCCGCUGGGGGAGCUCAGCACGGGCGGAAUCGUGGGGGAGUCCAUUCUGGGGAUGCGAUCCGGACCGCAGGCAGGAGGCGCUGCUGCUGCUACUGCAGGAGGCAGCAACCAAGCGGGACAUGGGAACGGCCACGGCCAGGAUUCGUCGGCCAUGCUGCCAGGCAGGACGUCAGUGGGCGGCGCGGUUCACGAGGUGCAUGCUGGGCCGGUGGCACCGCCGCCGCCUGCCGACGGGCCCAAAUGGCCGGCGACGGUGCUCACGUCGCGGCCUAGCGUGCUGCUGGUCAUCCCCAAGAGUGUGUUGUACAUGGCAGAGUUUGACUUCCUGCGUGGGGAGCUCAUGCGGUACGCCGCGGACCGCAAGGUCUGGCUUGACAAGCGCGUGGAGGCGGCGUACCGUGAGGCCGCGGCGCCGACGGCGCCGCACGUUACGUUCAGCCCCGCGCCGCCGCCGCAGCAGCCCACCACGCCGCAGUCCGCUGCGUCUGCGCGACGAGCCGUCGCGUCCCCAUCCGGCGGCGGCUCUGCGACAGGAAACACGACGACGUCGGGGGCAGCAGCAGCGUCCUCGGCCACGGCGGCGCCACCCGCUGCGACAUCAUCCUCCGCUGCACAGCACAGCGACGGCACUUCUGCAACCACCGGUUCGGACGCAGCGGCGUCUGCAUCGACGUCCGGCGGCUCGGGUCGUGCGAGGCAGACGUCAUCCGCAGGCGGACCUGCCUCAGACCCAUCACAGCAGGCUUCUUCAGGCACCGGCAGCAGUACGACAGGCAGCGCCUCCACAACGCCCACCACAACCAUCACCCGGACCAACAGCGGCGGCGGUCAACGGCAAGUCGCCAGCAAGUGGGAUUUCCUGGACGCGCCCACCUCCGCAUCAAUCUCCGGCGCCGCUCCUCCAUCUCCCAUGUCCACUUCAGGCGCUGCUGCCGGCUAUGAAGCUCAUCAUGCCUCCGCAACCAUGCCAGGCUGCCCCGGAAUGUCGCCCCCCAUGGGGCUUGGCCGUACACACCUUGUAGUGCCGCCGCUACCUCUCGCCGGCCUUGGCGCACGUCCAGGGAAGGUCCGGCCGCUUAGCGCGCAGCCGCGUCCCGGGCCCGUCCGCGUCCCCUCCUUCAGCUACCUCCACUCAGCUCGCGACUACACACCGACCUAUAGCGGCGCAGUGGGUGCGGGCGGCGCCGCCGCUGGGAUGUUUCUAGAUGGCGCCGGUCCGUCCCCGGUGUACCGACCCAUCCUAGAAGACGAGUACGACGAUGACAGCCCGAGGUACGACAUGCCCGCCUGCGCCGCCGCCGCAAGCGAGGGCCCUACGCCCCGCCGUGGCUGCACCCCGCCCGGCGGCUCGCCGUUGCUGCCCGCGCUGGCAAUCCCCAGCUCCCCCUUCUCGCCCUCGCGCAUGGUCACGCCCACGCAUCGUGUAACGGUUACCGGUAGCGGUGGCGUAGCUGAGUUUGAGGGCUUGAGGACUGCUGGCAGCUUGCCGCCGCCACUGCUGUCGCUGCCGCUGCCAAGCCCCAACGGCGGUUCAACGCUCCGGGCUUCCAUCCACGGCGGUGGUGGCAGCGGCGGCGGCGGCGGUGGUGUCCUUACCCCGCCUGGGGGACGUCGAUCUCUCAGCGGAUCAUCCACCACCCCCGGUCUGCCGCCCCCUGUUUCCUCCAGCGUACUCGAUUGCGCAUACCGGCCCUCAAGCCCCUGCCUUGCGCCCCUCAUCACCACCAGCGGCAGCAGCUUCAGCGGUCCUACCGGUCCCCCAAACAGCAGCAGGGGCAAACGCGCUUCGUACUCGGGCUUUGGCGGCCCGGGCGGCUACAGCGGCGACCGGCGUUUCACCAUUUCUGGAGGCGACGUCCUCAACUCCAUGGGACCCAUGCGUCGAAGCGACGUGGGUUCGCUUCCGCCCAGCAGCCCCCGCCCUGUGAUGGUGCCAACGGCGACGGCGACAGUAAUCAUGGCCACCGCAGCAGCGGCAUGCACCUCCCCGGUUCCUCUGGGCUCUUCCGUGCCUGGCCUGGGCGUAUUGGACAUGCUGGAUGGAAGCUGCGCGCCACCGUCGCCGGUGGGGGUGCCCGGCUGUGGCGCCGGCGGCGGCGGAUACUACAGCCGUACUCCGCGCGUCAGCGCUAGCGGCGCCGUAACGCCUCGGCUCGCGGGUGUGGAUUCGACGAGGCAACCCAUCUUGACGGUGAGUGACGGCGCCAGGCGUGCUGCUGCGGUGAUGGGAGCGCGCGUGAGUACUGCAGGAGGUGUGGCGGCGGAGGCGGCGGCGGCUGCGGCUGCAGCGGCGGAGGCGGAGGAAGAGGCAGCGCUAGCCCGGUCGCUGGUGCCUAGGAACCAGGCAGGGACGUUCAUGGUGCGUGAGGGAGCCGCUUCGACACCUGCUAGAGUGGCCGCGACAAGACGCAUUGCCAACUGCUUUUGAAGGGCAGCGGGUUACGAUGGAUGAUGGAGGAGUCACGAGUAUUACCGGUACCGUGUUUGGCCCUUUGGCUGGCUACCGGUAUCAAGAGCCCAAUGAUGGAUAUUUAUUUGUAGGAUGACGGGUUUUGACGUGUGCCUUGCUGUGAGAAGCAGGAUUGGUCAGAUGUGGUCGGCACGUGCGUUGCAGGAAUGCAAGGUCCCGUGCAUGUGUCAGCUUGUGAGGAUUGUACGGCUUGGCAUUGGCUGCAGGCUGUCGUUGGUUCAUUGCAGUUGUGAGAUGUGAGACGGUACUCGGGUUUGGGUCUCCGGCAAGACUGUGUUGUUGCAGCAGUGUCUGCUGACAAAGAGGGCUGUCCAGAAGAGGAUUCAUACACCACUGGUGCGGUCCCGUGCAUUGUUGCGUGCCUAUACAAAGUGCAUGGCGCUAUGUUCGCCUCGACGCGCCAUGUUGCGCGCUAUGUCGCCGUUUCUUUCUGUUAUGAAGAUUCAUGGAGCAGGUUGUGGUGAUAAUCAGCUAAUGGAUGAUGUGAAUUCCUUCUUUGCAUUGUGAGUUUGUGACACCACAGCCAGCAGUGCGCUUACGCGGUCUGCUGGCUUGCCUGAUCGUGUGACUGAUUCAUCCCGUGUAGGCCCUGUGGGAGUCAGUGUGCUGGACAUGAAAGCCAUUGCGUGCGUUCGGCAUAUGUGCCGUUCAGAUGGCGUGUAUUCCUUUCAAUCAGAGACUGUACCGUACUCUGCCGUACUUCGCUGCAGUGCGGCCGAUGCUGUUGCGAGCCAAGGCAUGGUUGGUUGAAUUUAAGCUGCCGUCGUGUUUUCCGCUUUCCUGUGCUGCCAACCGGCUGCAAAC